AAAAAAAGCAUAAAAUAAGCAUAUUAUAAGGACAAAAAUUGAAAAAUAAAUCUAACCCUUCUAAAUGUUCCUUUAGUCACGAUGAUUGAUAUAUCAGCCACUUCACUGUAGCUAUUAAACAUAACCAACGAUUAAAAAAAGUUUUUUAUCAUCCUAUUUGUGUACUUAGCCCUAUAAAGAGUUAAGUAAAUACAACUUAACAGUUUUGUUUUAGCAAUAAUUUCUUCACGACAAAUGUUUUGUUUUUAAUUAUGAAUUUUGUAAAAUAUUAGUUCUUUUAGGUUGACAGACAGGUAGAAUUAUUAUUUAUCAUGUUAAUGUUCGCAGGUGUUCGUAUUAAAGAAGAAAGACCAGAUGAGGCUGAGAUUCAAGAACUUGCUGCUAGAAUGGUUGAGGCGAACAAAGCCAAGAUGGCGGCUCAAGCAGCUGCCGCCGCCAACCCACCACCAAAACCUAGGUGUUACCCGAGCCAGGGUAUCCUGGGUUACACAUCAUCAUCACCACGGCCUAAUAGCAGGAAUACCCCCACCUCACCAUCUCCUUCCUCCACUCCGGACAAGGAGAAGGCUCCUAUGGAUCUUUGCAGCCAAAAAGGAAAAUUUGGUUGGAUAAUGCUUGGAGAAGAACACUUACCCUAUAUCCAACGAGCAGAUGAAAAGUAUUGUGCAGUGCGUAUGGUUGAAAUGAAACUCCUUGUUAAAUAUCUCAGUUACCUUAAUGCUGAUAUUUAUUCGUGUACGUGUAUUCGAAGUUUUUAUAUUACUGAAAGUGAAGCAAGACUUUUAACUGAAAUUAACAUUAAACAUUGCGAGGCAAGGUUCGGAAGGGAACAAUUUACCACAAAAGACUUAGUAGUGCGGUUAGAAGACGCGAGUGAAUUUUAUAAUUUUCUUGAAUUGUGUUAUACAAAACUUAUGAAUCCCCUUAGUCCGAUAAACACAAGGUGUGGUUUUGUGCGUAUAAAUAAUGAUUCAGUCGUUCCUUAUACAGUUAAAAAUGAUGACAGGUAUGUACCUUUAUUCUAUUUCGAAGGCGAAACAGAGACAUUAAAGAAGAGAUCCACAUCUCUUGGCGCUUGGGAUCUCGCCUACUUAAAAUUUUGUUGUAAAGUUCAAGGAAUAAGAAGCGAACUUUUCGCUAAUGAUUCUUGUCAGGUGAUCAGCUUAGCCGACAUCAAAGCCUACUUCCCACCGGGGACGAAGUUUGAUGAAUAUUGGCCUCCGAAAAUUGUCGACUCCAACCUUUUGGUUCAGAACAAACCAGGAAGGGGCGGAGUGCCAACUAGUGUUAGUACAUCGUGGAUUAAAGUACCUCAUGGUUCGACGCCUCCCGCGAAUCCAGUUGUGGAGACGAGCCGUUUACCUGCAGCUAACCCAGUUAGUAACGGAUGGUCUCCCGCCAUGUUGGCCUCGCCUCAACGAUAUCAGUCCUCUCCGAUGCCCGUUUCUACUCAACAACAGAGGGUUCCUGCGAAUCAGAUGUGUUACAGUAAUGUAACCUCUACUACUAAUAGCAGUGUUAAUCGCUCACCAUAUAUGCCUAGAGUUCCACCCAACGUUAAUCCUUACUAUCCAACAGUGAGUCACACGAGUGGGCACAAUUCUAUGAGCCUUGGAUCAUCACAGUCAUCGCAAGUCGUCCCUCAGGUUCAAUCUUCGUCGUUAUCGAGAGCAACUUCUGCAAAUCAUUCAGUAUCGAAUAGUGCUUACAGUACAGCUGCUGGAAUGUCCCAUUCGAACCCAUUACUUAUGAAUAAUGGUCUCAUGCCGCCGCCUCAUUUGCAGUACAGCUCUCACAAUAACAAUAACAACACCGGUCAGAAGUUCCCUCCGCCUUUGAUACCUGUCAACGGUAGCACUGCGAGUGGCAGGUAUUUUCCCAUUUCAAGUGAUGUAAUUGAUCUCUCAUCACCGCCGCAUUCACCGCAAAGGUCUCUUAUCAUGAAUGGGAAGCAGACUCCACAACCUGCGCACCAAACAUCACGCCAACCUCAAGCUCCUCAAGCCCAAUCUCCUUCGCAAUCUCAACAGAAACAAGUUGAAAAUAACAUGGGUUGGAGUAGGUUGAUUCCUAUUAGUGAUACACCUGCCAGACAAAGCAAUCAUUUUCCUUUUAAGAUGCAGAAAGCGUUGGUUAAUGGGAAAAUGGUUCCUUGUAUAAAUGCUAAACCUUACGUUUAUUCAGAAUUAUUGAUGACUGUUGAUGAUUUACUAGAAUACUUCUUCCCUGGUGUGAGUUUGGCUAAGUGUCGAGAAGUUCUUCAGAAUGUUCUUCAAGUUACUCUUUAUUCCGGAAACUUACAACAAAAAACUGUCUUACGCGAAAAUAAUAAGUGUAAAACCUUAACAGAAGUGCUCCCUCUGAUACAGCUGAAAGAUGUCAUGCAGUAUAUGCCUCAGUUAAAAUAUGUCAUGGAAAGGCAUAUGAAUAGCAGUGGAGAAAGCGCUGCAAAACGUGCAAGGAUCAGCUAGGAAUACGCUGGGGUCAGCAGUGGCUGGCCUAGGCAAGAAGACUGCAGCUCGUGCAAUAAGCAACACGCUUGGCCCCCCGAUUCGCGGUUCACACAUUAUUGGUAGAUGCCUUUCUCUUGAUAAAGCACAUGUCACACAUUUCUUUUGUUCCUUUUUAGUGUCUAAACGAUGACUUGUAGAUAAUAUAACAUCUGUGUGGCUCGGUGGACAUAGAAUAUACAUAAAUAUUUAUAUAGUAUAUACAAUUUAUAUUUGUAUACAUUGUACCAAAGUUAUAUGCUUUUAUUAAAGCAUUAUUUUUUUUUUUUUUUAAUUUUUAAACCGAAUAAAGUUAUUUUAAUGUUGCUCGUCUAUUCAUAUGUCAAUUUUUGGCUGUAGUAACACUAAUUGAUCCACUUUUCUUUUUUCUGAAAAAAAAAUAGUGACAAAAUUUGACGUUAUGAAUUAAAUACUUUAUUAUAUAUAGUUUUGUUACAAUACUCAUUCUCUAGCUUAAGUAUUAGGAAGAUAAAUUAAGAUUUAAAUGAUAAUUCUGAUUAUGAAUUGAAGUGAAAUUCUAUGUCAGUUUCGAGUUUCUUUUAAAAUUAUUUAUAAUUUUAACUAAAUGUACCUAGACAUAACCAUUACUUCUCAGAAUCAUGUAUAUUCAUGAAUACUUAUUACAUAGUGUACUCUCUUAUAUCCAGUGUUGCCAAAAUUGUCUUUAUCUGAAUAAAUGUAAAAAAUUGUAUUGAUUCGUCCACUAAGUUUAUUUUAUCCAUUAAGCAUGACUAUAUUUGAUUGAUAAAAUCUAACGAAAUCAAAAAUUUGAGCAUUAUUUUAUUUUCCAUUAACAAGAUAUUGUUUUGAGGAACUUGAUAUAUCCCAUCUUCAGUGUUUUAAUAUCAAAAAACCAAUAAAAUUACAAAAAAGUAUCAUGAGUUUUUCCUUAAAGGCCCACUGAAUGAGAGAGUUCGCUGCUUAGAAGUACUUAGCUAGUUAUACAAACAUUUUUCUUAUACUUACAUAUGCUUUGUUUGAUAAUACAUUCAUUAGGAAAGAACAAUAUUUGUUUAAGUUAAAUCAUCUUUUUAAUAUAAACCGGCGUUAAGCAAGGUGUCACAAGUAUGAUCAUGUCUAGACCACUAGGUUUUUUUUUUUUGGUUUUUUUUUCAAGGUUGAGAAAAAAAGAUUUUUAUGAACUUUGUAAUAGUUAAACGUAUACAUGAAUUAUUUCUUUUGAGCCUAAUAAUUUUUAUAUUAUGAACAUUUGAUGACCAUGAAACGUAAAGUGAUAAAAUGUUAUAUUAACUCACUAUUAUUUAUCUUGUAAAUAUAUAAAUAUAUAUAUAUAUAUAUACAUAUUAUGGGUCAUUAUAUUUAUAUUGUAAAAUAAAUAAACCUAUUGUACAUACAGACCCUGUUAUAAAUAAAUGUAUAUAGUAAUUUAAAGUAGUAUCUAAAAUUGUGUAAUUACGACUUUAAAAAAAUAUAUAUAAAUUCAUAAAAUAUUGGAGCUUUUUAUUAAUUACUUUUUGUAGAAGUUCAAGGCUAUAGUUAACAUGCCUGUAUUUAUUACAACUACAAUAUAGAAGGUUAAGUUUCUACGAAUUGCCUCGUUAUAUUUGUAAAUAAUAAAUACCUAACGAAACAUUAAUGAAAUAAUUUAAUGUUAAUGGUAUAUUUAAUUCGUCUUAAAAAAAAUUAAAAAGCAAAUGAGUUGCUUUUCAUGAAUUCAGUUGCAUUUUUCCGUUAUAUUGUUGUCUUGUUUUAUCCAAUAUUUCUUAUAAAUAUUUAUUUAUUCAAUUUUUUUUUUUGUCAGGGAUAAAAAAAAUCAGUUUCCUGCAGUAUUCAAUGCCUAUUAUUUGAGCUGUACGUAACUUGCUUACGAAAUAUACUUGCCUGAUCAUUGCCUCCAUAUCUGCCUGUCGUUUCGACAGUUCUUUUAUUUAUGAUAAUCUAUAGCAUUAUGAAGGUGUGCAGAUUUAUUUGAUCGAUAUAACUUGUCAGUUGUCGAAACAUUUGAGAUCUCUAUCAAAUAUGUAAUUAACUCUCUAUUUGAUAGUUAUCUCAUGAAGCAGCAUUUUGGCAACAUUAACAAUCUCAUGGUAUUAAAUAACAUAUAAAUAGACUUUAGAAUGAAUAAUACAUAUUCACAAGAUAGCGUUAAUUAUUUUGGACAACUAUAAAUGCUGCAUACAUGUUUCCAAUGUAUUGCUAAUGUUGGAAGAAAAUUAAAUUAUUUAUAAAUAUGCUGGUUACAGAACAUUUUUUGUUAUUAAAGUUAAAAAAAAAAAAAACUGUUAAAUACAUUUAAAACAAGAUAUAUUGUGCAUUAAAAAGUUAAAAUUUCUUGUUUGUGUUAUCGAUGCCAAAAAAUAUUGGUUAAAACUGUUAAGGCCAAAGAUUGUAUUACAUAAUUCUCUCCAAAUGGAUGCAUUUUUUAUUUUAAAAUCCUUGAAAAUGAAGGAUGCUUAGUUUUUGUUCUUUGUGUAGACUAAACAUUUUAUUGAACAGGAAAUGAAAACUUUUACCAUGUUUUCUUAAUUCCAUUAAUUAUUAAAAUUUAUAUCAACCAAUUCAGUGUCAGAAAUUUCAAAGAAUGUACUAAUUUUAUCCGAGUGUAAUUGUUUUAACUUAUAAAAUUAGACUACAGAAGUAAAUCUCUAAAAACACUUAAUGCCAUUUUUUUUUCUUCGAUAAUUGAGAGUCAAUAAAGAAUUUGGUGCAAAGCAUUUAAUUUAUUAUUCUGUUUAUUGUUAUUUCAAGCCAAAAUGUAUUACUUAACUAAUGUUUUCACUUCAUGUAAUUUGAAAGGUAAUAUGUCUUGUGACACAAAAUCUGUUGAAUUUAGAAAUAUACGACUGCUAUAGAGAGGGAGACAAAAUUAAGUAAAGUAAAAGAUAUAGGUUUGAGUUAUAAAAACUUCAAUAGCGGGGCUUAGAUCCAAAAAGUCGUAAAUGUUGAUUUUGAGAAAAUCAUUACAUUUACAAGUACUUUCUCUGGCUAAAACUGAUUUUUUUUUUAUAUUUAAAUCUUAAAUGAUCUAUGUAUGUUUUGGUUUGAAAUAACAGAGAAAACAAACAAAAAACUUUGAAAGUCAAAUCUCAAUUUUAAAUAAAUGGUGUUAAGUAUCUUUAGGCUAUAACAUUAUAUUCAUAUUUUCUUCUAAGUAAUCGAACGCAAGGAUUAGAUUGCCUGAAUGAUAAUGACACUGAAAGGGUUGAAUUGAAUGGAUAUUUAUCUUUUGGUUUUAAUAAAAUUAUGACAUUUUAAAUGCUGUUUUAAUAACAGACAAUCACUAAAGGCCUGUAAUCUUUUUCCCUUGGUAUUUUCUAAUGACUUUACUUUUGUACGAGUAUAAAAUUUUAAAUGAUUAGUUUCUUGAAUGUCAAUUUGCCUAAGAGAUCUGAAAGAAUGGUUUUGUACAUAUUUCUAUCCCUGAAUAAUCUGUAAAUGAUAUAUUUAAAAAAAAAAAAAAAAAAAGUGAGCAUAAUAUAUUGUGGUGAUAGAUAGUAAUGUUAGACCGCAGUAUACUACUUUUUUAAUUUUAAAUGUUUAACAUGUAUCAAAUACAAAAAAGAAAUUUUGUUAUAUUUAUUUAUGUUUCUUAGAAUUGUAUACGUAAGUAUUAAUGUUAAUAAAUAAUUUGAAAAUGUUUUUAUUGUUUGAUAUGUAAUCUAAGCCUUUGUCCAAAAACUUUAAAUAAGAAUUGAAGAGAUUAUUAUGUUCUCAAACUAUUUUUACAGAUUUGAAAUAUGG